AUGGGUACCCUGUCUUCUGUUGAAAAAACACUCCACUCAACAAACAUUCCACCGGAUGAACUAGUGGCAUAUAUCACUAGUGAACGUCGUAGCUUGGAUCAGCUACUCAGUAUUGAUAUUCGAGAAUUUCCUUGUGAAUUGCGUCUCACAUGUUUGGAGGCUGUCCUUCAAACGGCACUUUUUACUCUUUCUUAUUCCUUUACCUUCGAUCGAUAUACUCUGGCAGUUGCUAGCAGUCUCGGUAUUGAGUCUUCGUCCACAGCUGUCCUCGCCUUUCUCCCGCCUUUCACAGCGUUUCCCCCUGAUUCUGCGUGGCUGUCCGACCCUCGCUUUCAUCUCCUCUUGCUUAGCACCGUUGCUGGGGCUCGAAAUCUUUCGCGUCCACGCAUCCUCGUCCUAGCUGCUUGUCUUCGGCAGCUUCCUAUAAACGCAAACGCGAAAUCACUUUCUUCUGUUCUUCGUCUCAUCACUCAUCUUAUUAACGAAUGCAGUGUCUCUGAGCUUGUUUACAUCUCCGCUCUUUUGCGCGACCUUCCGCGCAAGCCCUCGGAUAGUUCCGCUAGUUCCUCUCUCCUUGGUACUGAGGCUGAUCUUCUUAGAGACGCUUUUCGUCAUCAUAUAAUUUCUCGAUUACCUGAAGUGGAAACCUUAGAUCUUCUUGCCCUUCUUCGACUGGCCCACGACUUUGGCCCGGAUUUGGUCUCUAGUCGAAUGGACGCAAAUCGAUUCAGUGCAUCACUAGAAACCGUGAUUUCGACCAGGCUAAAGGAGCAGAACCUUUUCACGUUGUGCCUCCUCUGUUCGGCUUUGCAAAGAAUGCAGACUUUCCGGCCGGGUCUCAUUCGCAGAUGCCUGGGUCAAAUUCGCCGCAAGCUGCAUUUGACCUUGCACUAUCCUUCAACAGAUCAAUGUGGGUGGUUAGCUGGUGCACUUGCGGCAUUAGCCAAUCUGGGAGUAGGCAAUUUGGAUUUGCAACCAGUAAAAUCCACAUUUUCUGCUGACCAGUACUCUCUGCUACCUUGUGAAACGAGUCUCUUUAGUCCAAAUGCUCAGCAUUCUGUGCCAGUUAGAUUCUCAUCCGGCCUUGAUAUCCAUUCAUUGUUUACUUCCGAUUGGGUACGUCAGCUUUUCUUUGACGUUGCUGAUUAUGUGUUUGGACGUGUAAAUUCGGGCAAUUGUGAUGCCGAGUCGGCUACACGAACCAUGUUGGCUCUGCUCUUACUUGGCGUACGCCAUGAAAAGCUCCUUAGUCAACAAAAACCGAUCAUCAAAUCAUUUGCCGACUUGCUCAUUAGCCAGCCAAGUGUUUUGCUCCCGGCCAAAGAACUGUCGGCCUUUGAAGCCACUGCGCCUUACCCUCCGCCUGAAUCUCUCGCUUUGGUACAACACUUGCCUCGGGUGGACUGGCAGCUUUACUAUGAGUUGCCUGUCAUUGUAAAGGACAAAAGAUUUUCUCAACUAACACUGAGGCAGUGUGAACUGCUUCGAGACUAUGUGAUUAUGAAAAAAGCAUCUGUGGAGGAGUAUAUAACCCAUUUGCAGGAGCGGGUCAGUGCUGUGCCUGGGGUCGAGAUACUGCCCUUCCAUGUGCUUGAAACUCAGUUGGGGGAUCAGCUUUUUUCUGACUUUGUUGUCCGUAAGGUGUCAGCAUUGGAUCCAGCCGUCUCAAAGUAUGCGCUGUGUUUUCUGCUCCGGAAACGUGAUGAUUUGGUAUUCCAACCCUUCACUUCGCUUCUGGUGUCGUAUAAAACCGUUACUUCAAUUCCUGUUGUUCCGAUCAUCUACUGCGACUGGUUAUCAGCACAAGAAAGCAAUACUCGUCGUGAUGCCUUCCUAAAGAGCCUGGCCUUGCGCUUAGCCGAGGGUUCUGGAGUUCCAACCGGUGCCACGAAGGUUCGACCUCUUAGAGAACUGGUAAACUUUGAUCACGAAGCACGCAACCACACGGCGCAACAGUCAGUUAUUUUACACUGGGUGAACGCCCUAGAGGGAAAAGGAUGGCCAAAAGCAGAUUUGAUCCACAUCGAUGGACACACUGACAUGGAUUAUCCCGAACUUGUGGACGGUCUACCGGUUGGAGAUGUGCCAAACUCUCCAAGUCAGAUUGCUGCAAUGAUGCAACGCAACGAUCAAUUCAUUCAAGCGGCCAUUGUGAGCAAUUUGCUUCGCUCCGUCUACAUCAUUCUUCCCACCUGGACUUCCAACCAAAGUGUCGCCUACAACGCUUCGAUUGGACAAACCUCCCAAAAUUUUACAGGCAAGCAUCAACUCUGCCUCUGCUUCAAUGAUCACACCGUGAAAGAAAAUGAAACUUGCCAAACACGAGGUCUGGAACUUGAGGACAUGGAACUGCGAAUCUCGCCUUACCUCUGUACACCUAGAUUUUCCUCAUACCGUCAUGUAGAAUUAACUUCAUACAGUGCUGCUAGAGGAUUGCUUCGACGAAUGCUUCACUCGGAGGAUUCGGCUGCACUGAUAGUUGACAUAGACGAAGAUUUCUUUGGAGUUCAACUUCCAGCUUCGAGCCUUUUACAGAAUGAUUGGGAGCUGAUCGAUCUUUAUGAAAUAUCCAACGCACUUCAUAAUAUUCUUUGCCCUCCCGAUGGUCUGACCGGAGCCGAAGAACUUGCAAUUGAUUCGUGGUUUCAGCAAACCAUCAAAGCAUUCGCCAUGGCCAGAUGCUUCAGCUCUACUGUAUGCCUACACCUAUACUAUAACUCCACUCUCCCACUCUCCUGUCGAGAUGAAAUCACUAGAGCUGCGUAUACACUGAACACACGCUGGAGAUGUCGCAAUAUGGACAAAGUAAUCUUUUUUUUAGAGCGUCUGGCAGUUUUGCUUUCUUAUCAGACAGAAAAGGCGAUGAAAUCGCUAUCAGAGACCGGAAUAUGUUUGGAAUCUGCCAGCAGAACCUUCGGAACGGAACCACAAAUAAGUCUAUGUAUUGGCCACAAUCUUCCAGGCGCUUCCAUUGUCCCUGAGUUUGUCCCAUCCUACACAAAUAUCGUUGAGUUGGCGAAAAAUUUGACUCGGAUCCUAAAUGCUACCUUGCCCAGAAAACCAACUGUAAUCACAAUUGCCAGGUCUGCUCGGGAUGGUUAUGUGGUGCGAAAACUUCAACCACUAAUCGAAUUGGCCACAAAAAUGGUGCUAAAACGUGUCUUUAAUCUCACAGACACAAAUUUUCACUACUCAGAGUACUUGGCCGGCGGCAAGUCUGGUUGGAUAAACCGCUACCGCAAAUCAGUCAAUGGAUGA